UGUAGUUGAAUUCACCUGCAGCUCUCUGGCUCCUCAGUGAGGGGAACUGACACGUUGUAAUUACUCUGUCCAGAUGAUGCAGUAGAGUCUCCUAAUGGACUGACCUGCACAUCAUGUACAUCUGCCUGUGAUGGCUUCCGCUUGUCUUAAGUGCAACACCGCAGAGCCAAACACAGCUCCAUCAAGCUCUCCACACCACAGAGAGAGUAAGUGCUGGAUAAACUCCACGACUCCACAUGACCGACGGACAGAUCCAGGAUUUUGGAACAUUUAAUGAUGAUUGACCAGACUUAGUUGAUGGAUUUCAGCGCUGACCUUUGACCUCCAGCCAAUGAGUCCCCAUUUCUGACUGGUGGAAGAUGGAGAAGCCUGCGUUUCUGCUUUGUGUUUAGUGCGCUACACUGUAAACAAUGGAGGCGUCUGGAUUACCUCCGACAGCAGAGCUUAACGAAACUGAACUUAAUGAGACAUUGACUCAUGGCCACCCUAUGCAUCUGGCUCCCAGCAUGCAGUUAGGGAGCAUGUCCAACCCACAAUCUCGUUUACGAGACAUGUCGGGGCUCGUCGUCAUGGUGACUCUUAAUGCAUUAGCACUCUUGGCCAAUAGCGGAGUACUCGCCGUAGUAGUGAAAGUGCCCCAUCUCCGCAAGUUCAGUUUGGUGUGUCACCUCUGCAUCGUGGAUUUGCUUUGCGCCGCCCUCCUCAUGCCUCUCGGCAUAGUCUGCGGCUCGCCCUUCUUCGCCGGUGUCGUCUUUUCCGUACUCGAAUGCAGAUUGUACAUAUUCCUCAAUGCCUUUCUCAUAUCUGCCUCUAUCUUUACAGUUACUGUGAUUAGUAUCGAACGCUACUUCUACAUCGUGCAUCCCAUGAGGUACGAGGCUAAAAUGACGCCUUGGUUAUCCGCAGCCGUGAUGGGACUCGUCUGGGUGGCAUCUACGUUGCUAGGACUUGCUACCGUCUUCGGAUGGCCCAGUUAUGGAAGUAGAAGCUCCAUUGCCGCAACCCACUGCUCUCUCCAUUGGAGCCACAGCGGACAUCGACGAGUAUUUGCCAUUUUAUUCUGCACGGUUUGCUUUUGCGUGCCAGCUGCCAUUAUUAUUGCGGUCUAUGGGAAUGUCUAUAAAGUUGCCCACACGGCUGCCCGGGAAAGAGGGCCGAUCCCGAGCUGGACGAUGGAAACUGUUCAUCCGAAGCAUCGGUCUGAUUCCGUCAACAGCCAGACCACAAUCAUCACCACUAGCACUAGCAUCCGCAGAAAUCCAGUCCCUCGCAGGAAGAAGAGAACACUGGUUGGCGGGAAAGCAGCACUUACUUUAGCCAUCAUCGUGGGUCAGUUCCUGCUCUGCUGGCUGCCUUACUUUGCCUUCCACCUGCAUCUGUCGCUGGGAUUCUCCCAUAGUACCUCUGAAGAAGCCGAGGGACCGGUCACCUGGUUGGCGUAUUCGACGUUUGCAGUAAACCCAUUUUUUUAUGGCCUACUGAACCGUCAGAUCAGAGAGGAGUUGUGUAAGAUGCUCUUGUGUUGCCGAUCAGCCAGCAGGCCAGUGCGGCCCUCGGUGUCGGGCCACGAACGUUCAGGGAACGAAGACUUUUUUCAUUUUUUGCACAGAAACGGUGAAAGGGACGGGGUUAGAUGCAGCUACCACAUGACUACACAGAGGAGCACGCUGGACCAGACUAGUUUUAGGAUACCGGGGCAAAUACCAGAAGAGAUUACCUAAAAUAUUCAUGGGAUUUUCAUGACAUUGAGAAGUUACUCAAAAACAUUCAAAUUCUCAAAUUUUGAGUCAUAAUCAUUCAUUUUUGUAAUGCAUUUUUAUUACUUUACAAAUGAUGGUUUUAGCACUUUUCAGCUUUGCUUUAAAUAUUCUCCCUGUCUGUUUUCUAAAGUGAAAGUGAAGUGUAGCCAAGUAUGAAUUUGUGCUCUGCAUUUCACCCAUCCAAGUACACACACACAGCAGUGAGUAUUGAAAUCUCACACACCGUGAACACACACCCAGAGCAGUGGGCAGCCAUUUUUGCCGCGGCACCUGGGGAGUGAUUGGGGGUUAGGUGCCUUGCUCAAGGGCACCUCAAUUGUGGGUAAUAAGAGUGGAAGAGAGCACUGUUCAUUCACUCCCUCACCUACAAUUUCCUGCCAGUACUGAGACUCAAACCCACAACCUUCAGGGUACAAGUCAGACUCUCUAACCAUUAGGCCACAACUGCCCACAAUGCAUGUUAUUGAUCUUAUUGUGAACGAUUCAUUCAUGCCAGGGCUCAACAGUGUGUGCAUUUGACUCGCAGUUGCACUUAAAGUAGUAAAAUGUAUCUAGGAGCAUGUGUGCAAAUAAAAAAAAAGUCCUCAUGGGUUCUUAAAAAGUAAACAAAAAUCAGUUUUGUGAAAUUUAAGGUCAUUACAAGUCUUAAAUAUCUUAAAUAGUAUACUAAACAUCCUAAUGACCAUUUCAAGAGAUCCUAAAUUCUGGGAUGGAAAGACAGGAAUCACAACACAGCCUAAUGUGGUUAUUAAACUUCAAAAAUGCUAUGAUUCAUUAAAUAAAUAUAAGCACCACACACGUUUCCAAGUAACCCAGACAGCAACAUAGUGUGGCCCAGAUCCGGCCUACAUCUGGUACAUGUGGAUUACACGCGGACCAGACGUGGGCCAGAUCUGGACCGACACCAUGUUGCUGUCAGGGAAAAAUGCGGCGCUCCAAUUCGGAGCAGUUUGCAAUCAAUGAAUACUGCGCAUUUAUGCCCAAUGAUUGCUGUUAAUUGAUUUACUGUUAAUGAAUUAUGAUAAUGUUUACUUUAUGGUGUUUAUAUUGUAAAAUGUACAAAAGUGAAGCAUAGACACUUCAAAAUAAGAGUCCUGAGAAAAAAAAGAAAAAAAUAUAUAUAUACAGUUUAAAGUAGGCCUAUAAAUAUUUACAUACUUAUUAAAUCGUUUGAAGCAGAAAACCUAGUGUACUUUUUUAUAUUGUAAUAAAUUAAAUAAUUUUGCUUGUAAAUGUCUCCUUUUGUCCCUUUAUUAAGAAAAAACACAUUAUUUAAUCAAUUUUCAUUGCGCCCCUAAUGUUUUCUAAUGCACUCCUAAAUUUUUCACAUGUGCUCCUUAGCGAAAAAGCAUCAAUCCCUGUUUUACUUUUUAAAAAUUAGUUUUGCCCUCGUAAUUUUGAAUCAAAGCUCAAUCUUCUGGUGAAAGAACAGACUUCUCUCUGGUGACACAUGCUACACUUCUCCAAUCAUUUUGUCAACUUAAACCCCAGCCCUUCCUUACAAUCGACUGAAAACUUGCAUUCAAAUCUACAAGUUGCAUUUUGUUGUAAGACAAAUAAAUGGUUCACAAUAAGAUCAGCAACAUGCGUUCAGAAAGCAAACAGGGUAAAUUUUGAUGUCAUAUUGACUUGACAACAUGGCGACAACCAAUGAUCAGUAAAUGCCUUUCAUCCAAUCACAACUCUUUCUAGUGGUGACUCCAUCCACAUGUUUACAAACACAGAGCUUAUUAGGGUUUGAAUAUGAACAGAAAUUACUUAUUUGUUGCUUAAACUUUUAAUGUCAUCAAGCAUAACCAACCUUUAAAUAAAACAGUCAGUGUAGGUGCCAUAUUUCACAUGCAACAUCUUUUGUAAACAUGAUCUCUCACAGCCUUGUUUUCAUUUGGAAAAAUACUGAUAUAAUAUAUAUGGCAUCAAAAAUAUGACGUCAAUCCUGACUAAGGUUUAUUAACAUACUCAAAAUUAUUUAAAUUAACUAACUUUUUUGAGAGAAUAACUUUUUUUCUACUGUAUUUCUACUGCAGUAUUUAAUUUAUUUAAAAAUUGAGUAACAAAUAUGACAAAAAUAACUUAUAAAAGGUGUUGUGAAUCAAUUUAUAUUUAUUUAUUAUUUAUAAUGCAAAGGAGAACCUUGUCUGUCUGCUGUAUUUCUUUUCAAACUGUAGAUAUCACACAUGGGAUGAAGUAACAAAGCCAGAUUGUUUCGUUGUUCAAUAAAGACAUUAGUCACAGAAAGCUUGACAUAUACUGAUUCAGUUCAGUGCAGCAUAUGUUGAGUUGUGUUGCAUUUACAGCUCAUUGUGCUGAUUAAUGUGGGCCGUCUUUACCCUUAUUUUGAAUGGUGUGCUAUAUGGAGCCACCCAUUACAUAAUACAAUGUAUUUAUUUGCACUUUCUUUAUUUAUACAAAACAAUGUGACCAUUACUGUCUUUUGCUGUCAUGGAGAUGAAUAGAGCUGUAUCAUGUUUUUAUGGGAGGAUGGUACUGUACGUAGAACUGCUUUCUUCCAUUGUUUAUUCAGAUGUACAUCUUCAUGCAGGCUAAUUAGUGUACUCUACAGAGUCAACAAUGGCCUAAAGUAUAAGCUACAUCACUAUCAGUAACUAAUAGUAUUUACACAUUACCAUUCAAAAGUUUGAGAUCAGCAAGAUUUUUUUUUAAAGAAAUUACUUUUUUUUCCAGCAAAGAUGCAUUAAAUUGAUCAAAAAUGACAGACAUUUAUAGUGUUAAAAAUGAUUUCGAUUUCAAAUAAAUGCUGUUCUUUUGAACUUUC